AUGGGAAGUGACCAAAGCGUCGCAGUUCCAAGAGAAGUAUUAGCAAGAGGUAAAGAAGCUCGGGUGGCGUUUAACAAAGAGUUAGAAAAGAGUCAGAUCAUCCCAGUAUACAACUCGCAGGUAAUAGCAGUUCGUGAAUUAAAAGGCAUUGUAAAAACAAUAAAGCUGGAAUCAAACGUUAUGAAAAAGUUGAAUGAGAGAAUUGAAAGAUUAAAUGGCAUCAUUCCAACUGCUACUGCUACUGCGAAAGCAAUUCACGAGAAUUUUCGUAUGAAACAGGAAUCCAAAAAGAAAGUAAAAGGCAAUGUAAGGAAAAAAAGGAAACUAUCUCAUCCUACAUCAACUACGGCAAAUGUACCUGUAUCUUCAACUGAGGAUGCUGAAGUGUUGAAAUUAUUUGUAAAGGAACAUAACACAGAGAUGAUUGCUAACGAAGACAUUACUUACAUUUGGGACUUCUCUGGUCAGCAGCUAUACGAUAUUACUCACCCAACUUCACUGACAAGCGAUGUGUAUUUGAUUGAGUUCAAUUUGAUGGAAAAUAUGCAAGGAAGGAAAAGGAAGUGUAGAGUCUCUAGAAUG